AUGGGUGAGACCCUCAAGCUUGGUCCUGCCGCAGCUGCUGGCGAAACCGGCGGUUUGGACGCCAGCGACGGCGAAGAAAAGGGCUGUGAUGGUGGAGAGUUGCAUGGUGGUGACUUGGAUGAGAUUGAGUUGAUGAUUAAGUAUGAAGUUGAAAAUGCUGGACCAGCCCGCUCGGUAUUAGGAUAUGAGAUGCACGAGAAAGAGAAACGCGUCUGCCGAUGA